UUCUUGGAACAAAUUUUGAGCGAAAUGCAUCCUUUGAUUUUAAAAAUGAAUGCGUUCUACGUUCUGAUAUCAUUGGGAAUUUUAUUUCAACCAGGGGACACUGGGUCACCUCGUAUUAACGGAACGGACCAAGUCUUCACUGUUCAAACAUCAACCACCGAGGAAACCAAGCUCAUUUACCAGCUCUACCUUAAUGGCGAGUAUGACUUUUGGACUGCUCCGUUGCGUGGGGGAUCACAUGUCGAUAUCAUGGCGAGAGCUGGACAAGUUUAUGAUUUAACGGACUUUCUACAAAGUCACGGACUCAAUUAUUCCGUCAAGUUUAGCGACGUUAGAAGCCUAAUUCGAGAGGAGCAACGCCAAAAUGAGGUGACACGUUCAACUCGGCUCGGACGCAUUUCCUGGGACAGAUAUGCAACAUUUCACGAGAUUUCAGCCUGGCUCAAAUCUCUCAACACGUCGUACAGCACGGUAUCAAUCAUUGGUUACUCCUCACAACAUCGUCCCAUCUACGCCGUGACCUUCUCGACGGGCGGACCUCCCAAGAAAUCCGUCCUAAUCGACGCUAACAUUCAUGCCCGAGAAUGGAUCGCGGGCGCCACGGCGACCUGGAUCAUAAACGAACUAGCCGUGAAUACAACAGUAUAUUUGGACAUACUUAAAGAAAUCGAUAUCCACAUUGUCCCAAUCAUGAAUCCGGACGGAUAUGUGCACACGCACAGUGGCGGAAUUCAAGCGAGGUUGUGGAGAAAGACGCGCAGUGUGCAGUCAGGGUCUAAAUGUGUGGGGUGUGAUCCUAACAGGAAUUUUGGGUUUCACUGGGAUGGAGAAUCCACUUCAUCCGACCCAUGCAGCGACAUCUACCGUGGAGUUGCGCCCUUCUCGGAGCCUGAAGUGGCAGCCUUGGUAGAAUUCGUUACGACCCUUGAAAAGGAAGGGGCCAGUUUUUUGGCUUAUUUAACCCUCCACGCUUACGGGAAGGUCUGGCUGUUACCUUGGGGCUACACGCAAGGCGUCUACCCGGACGACUAUGCCGAUCAGCUGAGCUUAGGCCAAGCCGCCAUUGCAGCGGUACAAUCCAUUCACGGGACACGUUACCAUACUGGUCAAGGAGCUGAUCUUUUAUAUGGCGUAGGAGGGGCUAGUGACGAUUUCAUGAAGAAUCACGGGAUCAAGUACACCGCUACGGUGGAAAUGCGAGGCGACUCUUUUAUCCUCCCACCCGCCCAAAUCGUCCCAAAUGCUCAAGAGGUCUGGGCCGGAAUUCAGGAGUAUUUCAAGCGUGUCAUCGUAACCUCAUAACUAUUAUUAUAAAAUUAUAAAAUAAAUUAUAAUAUAUUUUAAUUAAUAUUUUAAUUUUAAUUAGAUAAUUUUGCUUUUUGUGACAAAUUCAAGUUUAUGGAUAUAAAUAUAUGUAUAACGUUUUAUUAAUUGAUUCUUGCUAUAAAAAAGUUACAUAUAUUUUUCGCGUGAC